AUGGCGUCUGAGGAGCCCAACAAAGAAAUUAAUGUGUGGUCUGGGAAAGGCGAAACAAUUCAUAAUAUAAAUAUUGGAAAUAUGAUUUUGAGCGCAUUUAAAUCUAAGCCGGAUUUUGUCGGUCAGAUAAAUGCAGUGACAGAAGAGCAAACUACAUAUCAGCAGAUGCGGGAGAACAGCGUUAAAUGUGCAUUAUGGUUCCAACAAUUACGCUGUAAAAAAAACAUAAUAGCAAUAUGCACACGUCAUAAAAUGCUGGAAUAUAUACCAUUUCUAGCGAGUUUAUACGUCGGUGCUAUUGUCAAUACGUGGGAUGAAAAAAACAUGAUCAAUGCGGUAUGUAUUGCGAACUUUCUGACAGAAUAUCGACCAAAUAUUAUCUUUAUCGAUAGCCACAAUUAUAGCCGACUCAAAAUGGUGUUGCAAUGUAUAGAUUAUAAAGAUUCAGAAAUGAAUCCUCCAAAAAUCAUAACAUUUGAUAGAAUUGAAGGUGUAGAUUGUCUUGAAUCAAUUCUGAACAACGAUUUUGAAAAGACCAAGAUCGAUGAAUUUUCCUGCGUGAAGAUGAAACCUAAUGAUAUUGUAGCGAAAAUGUUUUCUCACAGUGCUACAGGUGAUUUUGAUAAUAAAGUAUAUAUUUGUUGUUUUGCAUUUACAUAUCCAUCGAACCAGGAGGUACCCGUAAUGUCUUCCGGUGACAUUGGUCUAUGGUAUGCAUCUUUAAAUUGGAGUUAUGGUAUGAUCUUGACCGUUCGUUGUAUAAUUUCAUACGUGACAGUGAUCAAGUGUUCGAAAUUCAGCGAUGAAAAUAUGUAUGAAACGAUACAGAAGUACAAGGAGUCUGACAAAAAAAUUGAUAUAUUGUCCGGAACAGAAGAUUUACUUCAUAAUAUAAAUAUUGGAAAUAUGAUUUUGAAGGCAUUCGAAUCUAAGCCGAAUUUUGUCGGUCAGAUAGAUGCAAUGACGGAAGAGCAAACUACGUAUCAGCAGAUGCGGGAGAACAGCGUUAAAUGUGCAUUAUGGUUCCAACAAUUACGCUGUAAAAAAAACAUAAUAGCAAUAUGCACACGUCAUAAAAUGCUGGAAUAUAUACCAUUUCUAGCGAGUUUAUAUAUCGGAGCUAUUAUUAAUUCGUGGGACAAAAAGUACAUGGAAGAUAGGAUACGUAUUAUGUACUUUCUGUUGGAAUAUGAACCAGAUAUUAUCUUUAUCGAUAGUGAUAAUUACAAGGAACUCAAAUUGGCUAUUAAAAUUAUAAACGCAAAGAUAAAUAUAGACCCUCCAAAAAUCAUAACUUUCGAUAGAAUUGAAGGUGUCGAUUCUCUUGAAUCAAUUCUGAACAAUGAUUUUGAAAAGACCAAGAUCGAUGAAUUUUCCUGCAUGAAGAUGGAACCCCUGGAUAUUGUAGCGAUAAUGUUUUCUCCCAGUGCAACAAGUUAUCCUAAUAGUAAAAUAUUUAUUCGUUGUUUUGCACUUACGUAUCCGUCGAACCAGGAGGUACCCGUAAUGUUUUCCGGUGACAUUGGUCUAUGGUAUGCAUCUUUAAAUUGGAGCUAUGGUGUGAUCUUGACUGUUCGUUGUAUUAUUUCGUAUGUGACAGUGAUCAAGUGUCCAAAAUUCAGCGAUAAAAACAUGUACGAAACGAUAGAGAAAUAUAAGUUUCUUGAAAUAUAUUCGCAAAAAAUACUUGGUCCGUGUAGAACAGGCACGAUCUGGUACAAAUUUAUAUUCAAAUGGUGCUCUCCUCAGACGUGUAAAUUGCAAAAUUGUUACAACUAUCGAGCAAAAAAGAAUACUAUCGGCAAGAAUAUAAAGACAUAUUUUAGUAAAAAAUGGCAAUGUACCGGAGAUUACGGUUAUUAUGAUAAAAAUGGCGAAAUCUUUCUCAUCGAUAAAAUAAAGGAUCUUAUUAAAUAUAGAGUAUUCCAUCUUUCACCCACAAAAAUUGAGAAUACGUUACUACGACAUCCAGCAGUGUCAGAAGUCGUUGUACGAUCUGUGCCACAUCCUAUUAAUGGUCAACAUCCUGUAGCUUAUGUUAAGAAAGAAUGCGGAGCAGAGGUUGACAUCUUGAUUUUUUCUGUGACGGAAAAGGAAUUGAUUACAUUUGUAGCAAACGAAUUGCCUGAAAUCUACCAACUGCGAGGGGGCGUGCACUUUAAGAUAUGUGUACCAUAUCUUCCUAAUGGAAAAAUCGAUCGAAUGCUAGCACCGGGAUAUACAUCCCUCUACUGA